AUGGUAAAUUGUAGUUAUUGCCGCACACCAGCACCUGAAAUUUUUCAUUUUAUUGUUGAACAUGACGUUCUUCGAGGCUUACAAGGUGUUAGAAACACACAAGAUGAUAUUUUAGUUUAUGGUAUAAAUGAUGAUCACCAUAACGAAAAUUUAAUGGAAUUGAUCAAACGUUUGGAAGAAUUAGGUCUAACUGUGCAUGAUCCUGACUCGGUGUGUUAG